UGACGUUGAAGCAGUAUGAAAUCAACUAAUGUGAGAUCUAGUGUCUUUCCUAAUGGUAUGUUUUAGACAUGAUUUUCCCCGAAUUCUAAUUGAUAGGCUAAGUCUAUUGGUCGCAAUCUGAGCUUCAGAGCAAGCUUUGUAAGGUCUGCAAGAUUUGGAAUAAGAGAUUAUUAUCCAACUGAGGAGGAGUGCGAAAAGGGCUUCCAAGAGUGACUCUUGAUUCUACCAAUAUUUUCAUGUUCAAGAAGCCCAGAGAAUCAGUAUUAGUGUUGCUUCCUGGCUCAUUUGAUGAAUCCUUAGAAGAUUCCUGUGAUAAAUCAGUAUUCCUAUUAAGCAUUGGCCAAGAUGAGUCUCGUAGACGUACCUUCCUUAUGACUUAUCAGAGAUUUGGUGGUAAUUGUUCUACUAUUUUUCAUAGCCAUAUUAAAAAUACUAAUGUCUAAUGCAAAUGCUCUGAAGAUGAAAAAAUUCAUAGGAAAUUGGUCAAUAAGAGUCUGAAUUAAUGAGAUCAGAUAAAAAUGUGUGUAGAGACUAAUAAUCUUCUCUCAGAAGUUUUAAGUCUUCCUUUUUAGCCUCUCUUCAAAUCUUCGAUUCUUUCUUUAAUCGA